AUGCUAAGGUCCGACUUCGACCGGCUUCUGGAAACCUUGCAAAGCGAUCUGGGCGAAAUGGGUCGCCUCGUUGAGGAAACCACCAAACAGGCGAUCCGCGCGCUGCAAAACCGCGACGCCGACCUGGCCCAGCAAGUUAUCGACCACGAUGACGUGAUCGACAACCUGCAGGACACUCUGGAAACCAAAUGCCUGGGCAUCCUGGCCACCCAGCAGCCGGCCGCCACCGACCUGCGCACGGUGAUGUCGGUGGUGCAUAUGGGUGUGGAACUGGAACGGAUGGGCGACUACGCUGAGGGAAUCGCCAAGAUCUGCCUGCGCAUCUACCAGGAACCGCUGCUCAAACCGCUGAUCGAUAUUCCACGGAUGGCUGAGUUGGCGCUCAAGAUGCUAAACGAGGGUCUUCAAGCCUUCGCCGAACGGGAUGAGGAUCUGGCGCGCAAGGUUUGCGCCGAUGACGAUGCAGUUGACGACCUCUACGACCAGAUUUACCGCGAGCUGCUGACCUAUAUGCUGGAAGACCCUCGCAACAUCCAGCGGGCCACCUACCUGCUGUGGGUGGCGCACGACCUAGAGCGGAUUGCGGACCGCGCGACCAAUAUCGCCGAGCGAGUUAUCUGGCUGAUUUCGGGCGGGUCGGUCAGCACUCGGGCGCUCAAAUCGGAACGCUCACUACGCUGA